AUGUCCGAUAUCGUGCUUAGAGAAGGCAUGGACCGCACGAGCGCGUGCGUUGCGCCGCUCACCAUCAAGAAGAAGCCUUCGGCAACGUGGAACAGCGAUGGCGCCCAGAGCAUGCAGUCCUCGCCCAAAAGCCGACGGACAACCGGCUCCAUCACGUCGCAGUUCCAAAUGUCACCACCACUAACCCCCCGCGCCAACCUCGAGGCCGAGAUAGCCACUGCAGAACCGGAAUCAUUCCCCAAUUACCUGCGCGCAUUCUACCACUUCCACCCUUCAUCCACAAUUUCCUCCGUCGGAGACGAAUGUUCUAUCACAGUUCCCAUCAAUCAAGGAGACGUCAUCCUGGUCCAUUCCAUACACCCUAAUGGCUGGGCGGACGGUACUCUCCUAAUAUCAGGCGCCCGUGGCUGGCUUCCCACCAAUUACUGCGAGCCUUUUGACCAUCCAUCAAUCCACAAUCUUCUAAAUGCACUCACUCGCCUUUGGGACCUUGUGAGAAGUGGGGAGAGCGGCAACACGAUGGUGUUUGCAAAGCAGGACUACGUCAGGUCAAUGAUUGCGGGCGUCCGUUUCCUCUUGGAGAAAUCCGACUGCUUGACGCGGGAGAAUCAAACUGUCCAAGCACACAUCGGCAUAAGACGGAUGCGGAAAGGUCUAUUGAGCGACCUAUCAUCACUCGUCAAGACAGCGAAGCACUUGCAGCAGGUCGUGUCGCAGAGUGACCCUGCCGAAGAGCCUAUCUACGACCUCCUUGACGAGCUCGUUUUGAAAGCAUUCAAAGUAGUUACCCGAGCCGUCCGUUUUCUCGACGUAUUCGCGCAAGAAAUUCAGACCCCGUCACAACUGCUGGCUGAUGCCCCAAUGGACGAGGCCGAGAGGCCACUCACGCCGCCACAUGAUGUUUCCGAAAGCAACGUUGAGCAAUCACAGUCAGCCGAGGAUGGUGCAACUGAGCCACCCGAGAGCGUUACUGCUGUGUCACCCACAGACGCGGCGAGAACGGGCGACGAACCGGCCAGCGCGAGCAAUAUUAACACUCCUCGCACCAACACCAGCAUCACAAAUUCUGUGCCAGUGCAGUCUUUGCCAGCGCUGUCUCCCUCGAAAUCCACGCCAUCAAAGCGCGUCUCGAUCUCCCAUCGAGCGUCGUACACAAGUCAGGUGAGCGGCCAACGCAGACACAACCUUGCAUCGGAACGACUUUCUGCCGCCCAGGACUCAUUUCUGGGCUCGAUUGGCUCGUUCAUUGGGUUACACCUCCAGUCACGCUCCUCAAGCGAGCUCCUCUCCACUACCCAACAGUCUGUCGUUGCGUGUCGCCAGCUUUUGAGCGUCGUCGAAGAGGUAUGGGAGCGCGACGCUCGUCGCUCUGAACCCCUUUCCCAAGCAAGGGACGCAAUGCAUGAGAAGCUGUCUGAGCUCGUGCAAGCGACAAAAGACAUGUUUGCGCACACCGAGGCCCACAACGAGGAAUGCAUGCCUGCGCAAGGCAAGGAAAUCGUCAUCGCCGCCACCAACUGUGUUCGCGCUGCUGGCGACUGUGUGACGAAGGCCAAAAUCGUCAUCGAAAGAAUUGGCGACUUUGAGUUUGAGCGCACAGGAGCCACCAUUUCUGACACCAUCUUCGAGAGCCUUGACCUCACCGGCGCUCUCGACGCGACCAACGAGCGCACCUCGCAGGACAACAUCACCAAGCCCUUGCCGGCCCCUCCAAAAGCCGCGAGUCGCCCUACUUCACUCGACGAGAAACCCUUGCCCGAGCCUCCCGCUUCCCUCCCUUCUCCAUCCGCCAACACGCAGGUCCCAAGCCUUCAAAGUCCCACUGCUUCCUCCUUCCGCUCUUCCAAGGACUCGUUGCCCUCUCUGGCUAAACUCCCCAUUCCUCACCUGCCUCCUCUCUCAGGUAGCACUGUGGACGAAUCUCCCAGUACUAACAGCGUCAACUCCCGCUUUGCCGGAAACAAUGCCGGCUUGGAUAGCGUCAACGCCUCAGACUCAACGAGCACGUAUCCCAACAGCCUGCGCGGUGAUGCGGCCAGCAUCAUCUCGCACACUUCCACACGGGCGACCACUCCUGACGAUGUCCCGUCCAGCCCAAAGGUCAAUGGCAUGAUCAGCAGCUACCCUAGCGUCUCCGAGUUGCGUUCGACGACCAGCGAGGAUGCCUACGGAGUUGAGGAACAGCUGAUGGAGAAGACAUACGUGCAUGAGCUCAUUUACAAGGACGGGCAGAUAGCUGGUGGAUCUCUGCCUGCGCUGGUCGAGCAGCUCACUACUCACGAAGCGACCCCGGACGCAAUGUUCGUCACUACGUUCUACCUCACCUUUCGACUUUUUACGACGCCGGUUGAGCUUGCGCACUGCUUGAUCGAACGUUUCAACUAUGUUGGAGAGAGUAGCGGGAUCGCUGUCCCUGUUUGGCUGCGCGUCCACAACGUAUUCAAGGGUUGGUUGGAGAGCCACUGGCAAGCUGAUACUGACGCCGAGGCGCUCGGCCUCAUCUUGACGUUCGCAACAGGAAAGCUCAGAACCGCAUUGCCCUCAGCUGGAAAGCGCUUGGCAGAGCUGGUGGCGAAGGUUAGCCAAAUUCGGCCAGGAACCCCCACCCCUCACUUGACGUCCUCUCUGGGGAAGACGAGCACUUCGGCAACUGUGUACACCGCGGCAGACCCAAAUGUACCUAACCCGAUCGUUUCCAAGAGUCAAAUGAACGCUUUGCGAAAUCUUCGCAAUGGAGCCUCCAUCACCCUGAGCAUUCUGGACUUCGACCCGCUGGAGAUGGCCAGGCAGUUCACGCUUAUCGAGUCCAAGCUGUUUUGCACGAUCAAACCUGAAGAGUUGCUUGCAUCGGAGUGGACCAAGAAGAAUGGAAGAGCUGUCAAUGUUCGCGCCAUGUCGAAGCUCUCGACCGAUCUCGCUAAUCUCGUCGCCGACACCAUUCUCCAACUCGAGGACCCCAAGAAGCGCGCCGUCAUCAUCAAGCAGUGGGUGAAGAUCGCGACGAAGUGCCUAGAACUCAACAAUUACGACUCGCUCAUGGCCAUCAUCUGCUCUUUGAACUCAUCGAUGGUCAUGCGACUGAAGCGGACCUGGGACGUCGUCUCGGCGAAGACCAAAGGCCGCCUCGAAGAACUCCGUGCAAUUGUCAAUGUUGGCCGCAACUACGCCGUCCUCCGGAAGCGUCUGGAAAACCACGUCGCUCCUUGCAUUCCGUUUGUCGGUAUCUACCUCACCGACUUGACUUUCGUCGACGUCGGCAACCAGACGACCCGCCAGCUGCCUGGCGAUGGGGGUGCCGACUCGGGCAUCAGCGUCAUCAACUUCGACAAACACAUGCGCACCGCAAAGAUCAUUGGCCAACUGCAGCGCUUCCAAGUUCCAUACCCCCUUGCACCUGUCCCAGAGAUGCAAGAAUGGAUGCAGACGCAGAUUGAGCGUGUCCGCGAUAGCGAUCAGAGCAAUGUGCAAAGCUACUACCGCCGGUCACUUCUGCUGGAGCCCAGGGAGGCCAAGCAGCCCAGCCCACUUGCGGACAACGAGAGUGUGAGACACUUCAAGGAUGGAAGUGGAAGCAGUGCAAGAGAGCGAUUCGACUUUUUGAACGCACUCUCAACGUUCAAGUCUUCUUCUGAACACAAUACGACUCAGAGGGGCAGUUUGUGA